AUGGAGAUACCCAGCAGCUUCCAGAACGGACCAAUCAGGUGUGAGCACUCAGCUGCUCGUAAGAAGACAGAAAUGUGUUGGACCAAUCAUGUCUACACACUCACCAGCUUGAGGAAGGAGCCAAUAGGAAGGAGACACUCAUUCCAUGAAGAUAGGAUCAAGGAGGAGAUGCUCAUCUUCAAUGGACCAAUCACGUUCAGCUACCCAGCAGCUUGGAGAAUGGACCAAUGGGAAGGUGCCAUUCGAUCCAAGUGGAUGGGGAUGGGAGAAGCAGCUGCAGGCGUGCCUCAACGCCAUUGGUUGCAUGCAGAGGAGAGAGAGAUAAAGAAAGAGAGAGAAAGAGAACGCCCAAGAAGAGAAGAAGAAGAAGAAGAAGAAGAAGAAGGUGGAGAAGAAGAGCAAGAAGAAGAAGGUGCAGAAGAAGAAGAGAAGAUCCAGAGGCGGAUCGAGUUCGGGCUAGAGCGGGGUAGGCUAGGAACAGGGUCAGCCGGGUCGUCUAAAAUCUGUAACCUUCGGGGAAGGUUAUGCUGGCAGAUCUCUUUUGUGUGUAAGAUUGUGAUGGGUAACCUUCGGGGAAGGUUAUGCCGUCAGAUCUUGUUUAUGCAGGCCCAUAUGUUGAGUAUGACUCCGAUGUGGAAAGAUCACGGACGGCUGAGCCGCCAGAUCUUUCGAGGUUCGUGUGGGUACUCUUCCGAGGCAAGGGAAGCUCUGCCGCAGAACCGAGGGUGUAGUCAAGCGCAUUCUCGCACGUCAGAGCCCAACCGGAUUGGCAGCGUGGAGGCUGUGCAUGAAGGGAGGAAGACUCGGAGGAUAACCUGGUCAGCUGCCUUGGCCGAGUAUGGUACCAUAUGA